AGUAUCGUCUUCCUUGGACGCUUCUGGGCGGGAGCGGUGGAUGGCGGGGAAAACAGCCCCGCACUGGCGGAUGUGUUGGUGCUGUUGCUAGACGACCAACAGUAAGUUCGUCACUUCCUCAGCCCGUGGCCCGCCCACGACCGAACCCGAGGCGACUGGAGCCGGCUUGAGCUGAAGAGUUGUCCCCCACCUGCAGGACCCGCGACCAGCCCGGCGGCGGGAGUCGGGGCCACGUCACCUGCAGGGAAGAACUCGAGCCGAGGAGGGAAGAUGGCUGCAGACAAGCCUGCAGGGAUGAUGACAGCUGUGUCCACAUGAAUCUGAUUUUAGUGGAAGAUAGCUGCUUAAAAUCUCCAGGGUCAGCCAGGCGGUGGUGGCACACACCUGUAAUCCCAGCACUCUGGAAGGCAGAGGCCGAUGGAUUUCUGAGUUCGAGGCCAGCCUGGUCUAUAGAAUCAGGGAGCAGAGAAGCAUGAAGGGGCAGGCCAGUCGUCUGGGGCUGCUGACCAGGAGAAGGAGCUGUCCAGCGGUGCUUUCCAGGCCUUCACAGUCCACUCAGCUGUUGAGGAGAUGGAUGGAUUAGAUGACGUGGAGAAUAGCAUGCUGUAUUAUAACCAAGCGGUCAUUCUCUAUCACCUGCGCCAGUACACAGAGGCCAUAGCUGUUGGUGAAAAACUUUAUCAGUUCAUAGAACCUUUUGAAGAAAAAUUUGCCCAAGCAGUGUGCUUUCUGCUCGUAGAUUUGUAUAUAUUAACCCACCAAGCUGAGAAAGCUCUGCAUCUUCUUGCUGUCCUAGAAAAAAUGAUUUCACAGGGUAGCGGCAGCAAAAACGGGAAGAAUGAGACGGGCAGUAACAGCAGCAAAGACGGAGCCAACCCUAGGGCUGAGAGUGCAGCGCUGAUAGAGGCCGCCAAGUCCAAGAUACACCAGUACAAAGUCAGAGGGUACAUCCAGAUGAAGUCCCUGAAGGCAUGCAAAAGGGAAAUUAAGUCUGUCAUGAACACAGCUGGAAAUUCUGCACCCUCCCUGUUUCUUAAAAGCAAUUUUGAGUACUUAAGGGGCAAUUACCGAAAGGCGGUGAAGCUGUUGAACAGUUCCAACAUUGCUGAACACCCAGGCUUCAUGAAGACAGGUGAAUGCUUGAGGUGCAUGUUCUGGAAUAAUCUUGGUUGUAUCCAUUUUGCCAUGAGCAAGCACAAUUUGGGGAUUUUCUACUUCAAGAAGGCUCUGCAGGAAAAUGACAACGUCUGUGCCCAACUCAGCGCGGGUAGCACUGACCCAGGCAAAAAGUUUUCUGGGAGACCCAUGUGUACACUGCUGACCAACAAAAGGUAUGAGCUGCUAUAUAACUGCGGGGUCCAGCUGCUGCACAUCGGAAGGCCUCUCGCUGCCUUUGAGUGUCUGAUUGAAGCUGUUCAGGUUUACCAUGCAAAUCCUCGACUUUGGCUGCGGCUGGCUGAGUGCUGCAUUGCUGCCAAUAAAGGGACUUCUGAGCAAGAAACUAAAGGUCUUCCCACCAAAAAGGGAAUUGUACAGUCUAUUGUUGGUCAAGGGUAUCACCGUAAAAUAGUUCUGGCAUCACAGUCUGUUCAGAACACUGUCUACAAUGAUGGGCAGUCUUCAGCCAUUCCUGUAGCCAGUGUGGAAUUUGCAGCCAUCUGUCUCAGAAAUGCCUUGUUGCUGUUACCUGAAGAACAGCAAGAUGCCAAGCAGGAAAACGGCUCCAAGAGCGGCAGCCAGCUUGGAGGGAACGCCGAGAGCAUGGAGAGCAGUGAGACGUGCAGCAGCAAAAGCCAUGAUGGAGAUAAGUUCAUUCCUGCUCCACCAUCUUCUCCGCUGAGGAAACAGGAAUUAGAAAACCUCAAGUGCUCCAUCCUUGCAUGCAGUGCCUAUGUGGCCCUGGCCUUAGGAGAUAACCUCAUGGCUUUGAACCAUGCUGAUCAGCUCCUGCAGCAGCCUAAGCUAUCUGGCUCUCUUAAAUUUUUGGGCCAUUUAUAUGCCGCAGAAGCCCUCAUCUCCCUCGACAGAAUAUCUGAUGCCAUUACACACUUGAACCCAGAGAAUGUCACUGAUGUCUCCCUAGGGAUCUCUUCAAAUGAGCAGGACCAAGGAUCAGACAAGGGUGAAAAUGAAGCAAUGGAAUCCUCUGGCAAGCGCGCCCCUCAGUGCUACCCCAGUUCUGUCAACUCUGCCCGGACUGUGAUGCUCUUCAACCUGGGCAGCGCCUACUGCCUGAGGAGUGAGUACGACAAGGCCCGGAAAUGUCUGCAUCAGGCGGCAUCGAUGACCCAUCCUAAAGAGGUGCCCCCUGAGGCCAUCCUGCUGGCCGUCUACCUGGAGCUGCAGAACGGUAAUACGCAGUUGGCCUUGCAGAUGAUCAAGCGGAACCAGCUGCUCCCUGCAGUAAAGGCGCACUCUGAUGUAAGGAAGAAGACAGUAUUCCAGCCUGUGCACCCCAUCCAGCCCAUCCAAAUGCCGGCAUUCACCACCGUGCAGAGGAAGUGAGAGCUUACCUUGGGGAGCUGUCACCUGAGGCCCAGGGGAACAGCAUGGCAGGAAGGCAGAAGUGCUGGAGAAGUGACAUCCUGAGAGCUACGGCCUGACCCAUGAUGCACAGGGAGAAACACUGGACCCCCACCCCCACCCCCGUGAUGCACUUCCUCCAGCAAGGCCACACCUCCCAAUCCCUUUCGCGAAGUCUCAUUCCCUGAUGAUCAAGCAUUCAAAUAUGAGUCUGUCGGAGUCAUUCUUGUUCAAACCACCAUAGUAAUGGAGAUUGGACCUAGCACCCAAGACCGUUAUAAAUAAUUGCUUUGGUUUUUU